AUGGUGAUCGCCGGUGCAAGCCGGAUGCUUGGACGCGCCGCUGUCAGUCCAACGCAGACCCCGCCCACGACGUCGGCGAUUCGUGUAGCCCGCCGGUCCCGCGCGGCUCUCGUUGCCAUGGUGAUCACCGCCGCUGGCUCUGGCAGACCAGGCCGCGCCGAGCAGCUUUCGCAGCCACGGGUGGACUCUGGAAGAAUGAGAUCCUCCCCGACACCUUUGGGGCCCCCCGUGAGCCGCGACCGUGUCAUCGCCACCUUCCCUAAGUGGUACACGCCAGAAGCCUGUUUGCAGCUCAGGGAGCACUUCCACGGGCGGGUCAGCGCUGCCUGCCAACGCAGAAACACGGGGACUGUCGGGCUCAAACUCUCCAAGGUGGUGGUGGUUGGCGAUCUCUACGUGGGGAAGACCAGCCUCAUCCACAGGUUUUGCAAGAAUGUUUUUGACCGAGACUACAAGGCCACCAUUGGGGUGGACUUUGAAAUUGAGCGCUUUGAGAUUGCUGGAAUUCCCUAUAGCCUCCAGAUCUGGGACACAGCUGGGCAGGAGAAGUUCAAGUGCAUCGCAUCUGCCUACUACCGGGGCGCCCAGGUGAUCAUCACGGCCUUUGACCUCACUGACGUGCAGACCCUGGAGCACACCAGGCAGUGGCUGGAAGAUGCUCUGAGGGAGAAUGAGGCAGGCUCCUGCUUCAUCUUCCUCGUGGGAACCAAGAAGGACCUUCUGUCAGGAGCGGCAUGUGAGCAGGUCGAAGCAGAGGCCGUGCACCUGGCCAAGGAGAUGCAGGCCGAGUACUGGUCGGUGUCGGCCAAGACCGGCGAGAACGUGAAGGCAUUCUUCAGCCGUGUAGCCGCCCUGGCAUUCGAGCAGUCAGUGCUGCAGGACCUGGAGAGGCGGAGCAGUACCCAGCUCCAGGUCGGCGAUGGAGAACUAAUCCGAAUGGAAGGGAGUCCACCUGAGACCCAGGAAAGCAAGAAGCCCUCCAGCCUGGGCUGCUGCUAGCUGGGGCCUGCGUGGAAGGCCUCUGCUCCCUGCACGCACGUGGACGGAACUUCCAUGACUGGAGUGGAGACUGGAGCCUGAGCUCUGCAGUGUGUCUGCCCUCAAGCUGUACUUCCAGUCCCUCCACCC